GAUAAUGGACAGUAUAAAUUUAGCAACACUCUUCCCACAAGAUCUCUUUCGGGAAAAGGAUAAUAUUCAACUUCGAGUUUUCAACUAUAUCCUUUAUGGAAAUGGUAAACCAACUCGAGGAAUUUCUGACACAAGUAUUCAAUUGGUUCGCACUUGUUUAGUCUUGAAUUGGGACCAAGACAACAAAAAUUCUUCCCUCGAGGAGGUCCGCGCUUUCGUUGUUGAAGUAAGUACAAAGGGUUUGAUUCGAGAUUUCAUAAGAAUUGGCUUAGUGAAAUCCCAUAUUUCGUAUAUAAGAAAAAGAAAUAAUCCGCCGGAUUCGGGAUUGAUCUCUGCAGAUUCCGUGAAUCCGUUUUAUUCGCUUUCUCCCAAGGCUGGCAUUCUUCAACAAUCGCUUAGACAAAAUCAUGGAACUAUUCGUAUGUUCAGAAAUAAGGAAUCCCAAUCUUUGUUAAUUUUAUCAUCCUCUAAUUGUUUUAGAAUCGGUCCAUUUAAUCAUGUAAAAUAUCACAAUGUUAUAAACCAAUCAAUAAAAAAAAAACCUCUAAUUACAAUUCAAAAUUCGUCGGGCCCCUUAGGAACAGCCAUUCAAAUUUCGAAUUUUUAUUCAUUUUUGCCUUUACUAACUUAUAAUCAGAUCUCUGUAAUUAAAUAUUUGCAACUUGAUAACUUCAAAUAUAUUUUUCAAAUAAUUCACUCUUAUUUAAUAGAUGAAAACGGAAGAAUUUUUAAUCUAGAUCCAUACAGUAACCUUGUUUUGAAUCCAUUCAAAUUGAAUUGGUAUUUUCUUCAUCAAAAUUAUAAUAAUUAUUAUUGUGAGGAAACGUCCACAAUAAUAAGUCUUGGACAAUUUUUUUGUGAAAAUCUAUGUAUAGCCAAAAAAGAACCAUACCUAAAAUCGGGUCAAGUUUUAAUUGUUCAAAGGGAUUCUGUAGUAAUAAGAUCCGCUAAGCCCUAUUUGGCUACUCCGGGAGCAAAAGUUCACGGGCAUUAUAGAGAAAUUCUUUACGAAGGGGAUACAUUAGUUACAUUUAUAUAUGAAAAAUCGAGAUCCGGUGAUAUAACCCAAGGUCUUCCAAAAGUAGAACAGGUGUUAGAAGUCCGCUCGAUUGAUUCAAUAUCACUGAACUUAGAAAAGCGGAUUAAGGGUUGGAACAGGUGUAUAACAAGAAUUCUUGGAAUUCCUUGGGGAUUCUUGAUUGGUGCUGAGCUAACUAUAGUGCAAAGUCGUAUUUCUUUGGUUAAUAAGAUUCAAAAGGUUUAUCGAUCCCAGGGGGUGCAGAUUCAUAAUAGGCAUAUCGAAAUUAUUGUACGUCAAAUAACAUCAAAAGUUUUGGUUUCAGAAGAGGGAAUGUCUAAUGUUUUUUUACCUGGAGAAUUGAUUGGAUUGUUACGAGCAGAACGCACGGGGCGUGCUUUAGAAGAAGCAAUCUGUUAUCGAGCCGUUUUAUUAGGAAUAACUCGAGCAUCUUUGAAUACUCAAAGUUUUAUAUCCGAAGCAAGUUUUCAAGAAACUGCUAGAGUUUUAGCAAAAGCUGCUCUUCGGGGUCGUAUCGAUUGGUUGAAAGGCCUGAAAGAAAAUGUUGUUCUAGGGGGUGUGAUCCCCGCCGGGACCGGGUUCAACAAAGGAUUGGUGCAUUGUUCACGGCAACAUACCAAUAUUCUUUUUGAAAAAAAAACAAAGAAUUUAUCUUUAUUAGAGGGAGAUAUGAGAGAUAUUUUAUUUUAUCACAGGGAAUUUUGUGACUCUUCUAUUUACAAAUCUGCCUUUUCUAGAAUUGAAUAAUUCCUAAUAGCAGAUUCCUGUUUUGAAUUUCAUGUUUUAUUGUUUGCUGUAGUCAUUUGCUUUAAUAAUUUGUUAACACUAAUAAAGAUAAUAAUGAAUACAAAAUAAUGGCUCGGCUCGUGCAUAAACGGACAAGAGAAGGUUCCAUUGGAACAAAUUUUUAUUUUAGUUUUGGGUACCCCCCUUUUAAGUGUGAAAAGAAAUGACAAAAAGAUAUUGGAACAUCGAUUUGGAAGAGAUGAUGAGAGCAGGAGUUCAUUUUGGGCAUGGUACUAGGAAAUGGAAUCCUAGAAUGGCACCUUAUAUUUCUGCAAAGCGUAAAGGUAUUCAUAUUAUAAAUCUGACUAGAACUGCUCGUUUUUUAUCAGAAGCUUGUGAUUUAGUUUUUGAUGCAGCAAGUAGGGGAAAACAAUUCUUAAUUGUUGGGACAAAAAAUAAAGCAGCUGAUUUAGUGUCGCGGGCUGCAAUAAGGGCUCGGUGUCAUUAUGUUAAUAAAAAGUGGCUCGGCGGCAUGUUAACAAAUUGGUCUACUACAGAAAAAAGACUUCAUAAGUUUAGGGACUUGAGAACUGAACAAAAGACAGAGGGAUUCAACCGUCUUCCGAAAAGGGAUGCAGCUGUGUUGAAGAGACAAUUAUCUCGCUUGGAAACAUAUCUAGGCGGGAUUAAAUAUAUGACGGGAUUGCCUGAUAUUGUAAUCAUCAUCGAUCAGCAAGAAGAAUAUACGGCUCUUCGAGAAUGUAUAACUUUGGGAAUUCCAACCAUUUCUUUAAUCGAUACAAAUUGUAAUCCCGAUCUCGCGGAUAUUUCUAUUCCAGCAAAUGAUGACGCUAUAGCUUCAAUUCGAUUCAUUCUUAACAAAUUAGUAUUCGCAAUUUGUGAGGGUCGUUCUAGCUAUAUACAAAAUUCUUGAUUAAUAAUAAGAUAAAUAAAUCAAUUUUUUUUGAGGGAGGGGCUCCCUGUAUUUCGAUUUAUAAAAUCGGUUACUAUUCCUGAAUCAUACAAAAGAAAAAGAGAUAAAAAACUGGGUAUAUUGUGUGAUUCGUUUAGUUGGUAUCCAAAACUAAAAUAAAAAUUCAAGUAAAUAAGUAAAAAAAAAGGGGGGUCUUGAAUCAAAAUAAUUUAAAGUUCUUAUUUCUGUCAGAGGGCAAUAUGAAUGUUUUAUCAUGUUCCAUCAAUACACUAAUAAAAGAAGGGUUAUAUGAGAUAUCUGGUGUAGAAGUAGGCCAACAUUUCUAUUGGCAAAUAGGGGGGUUCCAAGUCCAUGCGCAAGUCCUUAUUACUUCUUGGGUUGUAAUUGCUAUCUUAUUAGGUUCCGCAGCUCUAGCGGUUCGCAAUCCACAAACCAUUCCAACUGGCGGCCAAAACUUCUUUGAAUUUGUCCUUGAAUUCAUUCGAGAUGUGAGUCAAACCCAGAUUGGAGAAGAAUACGGUCCAUGGGUUCCCUUUAUUGGAACCCUGUUUUAUUUAUUUUUGUUUCUAACUGGUCAGGAGCCCUUUUACCGUGGAAAAUUAUCCAGUUACCUCAAGGGGAGUUAGCAGCACCAACGAAUGAUAUAAAUACGACGGUUGCUUUAGCUUUACUCACAUCAGUAGCAUAUUUUUAUGCGGGUCUUAGCAAAAAAGGAUUAGGGUAUUUCAGUAAAUACAUUCAACCAACUCCAAUUCUUUUACCCAUUAACAUCUUAGAAGAUUUUACAAAACCCCUAUCACUGAGUUUUCGACUUUUCGGAAAUAUAUUAGCCGAUGAAUUAGUAGUUGUUGUUCUUGUUUCUUUAGUACCUUUAGUGGUUCCUAUACCUGUCAUGUUCCUUGGAUUAUUUACAAGCGGGAUUCAAGCUCUCAUUUUUGCCACUUUAGCUGCGGCUUAUAUAGGUGAAUCCAUGGAGGGUCAUCAUUAACUAUUUUUUUUUUUCAAAUUUAGGUUAGCCCAAUUAUCGAAUAGUUGGUUUACGUUAUGUAAGAAACACUUGUAUAUGUCAUAUUUGAUAUUGACUAGGUAUAUAUAAGUUAAAGAUCUAUAUAAUCUGCCCCACUAUUUUUGUGAAUUUCUAUUUAGAUAACGAUUCGAUUAUAAGUUCUUACUUUUUAUCUGUGAAUUGGCUGAAAAAAACGAUCAAAAAAGAACGAAGAAUUAAAAGAAAAGAAUGGUUCACAAAAAAGAAACGGCAUAAAAAAGUCGUAUAUAUAUAUAUUAUGCAUUUUUCAAAAUCCCGUGGAUAGGAACUAAUAUCAAAGUAAUUCUUAUCAAGUUUUUGGUUAUUUUGGCUGGAUGAAUCUUAGCGAUGACUUAAUUAUAAUUAAGUCCUAAGUCGUUGGAUGAUUGUAUCAUUAACUAUUUCUUUAUUUUGGUGUGAGGAACUUAUCAUGAAUCCACUGGUUUCUGCUGCUUCGGUUAUUGCUGCUGGGUUGGCUGUUGGGCUUGCUUCUAUUGGACCUGGGGUUGGUCAAGGUACAGCUGCGGGUCAAGCUGUCGAAGGUAUCGCGAGACAACCUGAGGCAGAAGGAAAAAUACGAGGUACUUUAUUGCUUAGUUUGGCUUUUAUGGAAGCUUUAACAAUUUAUGGCCUAGUUGUAGCAUUAGCGCUUUUAUUUGCGAAUCCUUUUGUUUAAUCCUAGAAAUAAUAAAAUUAGGAAUUUUUUUUUUCGUAGUUUUUUUUAUUCUAUCAAGAUUUCACUCCUACAAUUAUUCAUUGAGACAACAACCCUUGGGAAGGACUAAUUUGAGGAUGGGGAAUUAACACAUCGAUUCGCUUUCUUCCUUCCCCUUAUUCUUUUUAGUUUAAUGGAAAUUUUUUUUUAAGGAGUGUUGCGCAAAAAGGAGGUUUAGGUUUUUUAAAAUUGAUAUAAAACUUGGUCUCAAAUUCUAGCUUAAUUUUAAUUAAGUCUCAUUAUUAUUAUUGAAAAUUAAAAAUUUUGGAAAAUAAAUUUGUAAAUAGAAUAGGUUUUUGAUUCUGUUUAUAAAUAUCCAAAUAGGUAAAUUAAAUUAUAAAUUAUUAAACGAAAUUUUCUUUUUAUUCAAAAAAACAAAGAAUAAAAAAAAAAAGGACAGAGUUCUUUUUUUUUAUAGUUUAGCUAGAAGAGGAGAUUAUAUGAAAAAUUUAACCGAUUCUUUCGUUUACUUGGGUCACUGGCCAUCCGCCGGGAGUUUCGGGUUUAAUACCGAUAUUUUAGCAACAAAUCCAAUAAAUCUAAGUGUAGUCUUCGGUGUAUUGAUCUUUUUUGGAAAGGGAGUGUUAAAUGAUUUAUUAGAUAACCGAAAGCAGAGGAUAUUAAAUACUAUUCGAAAUUCAGAAGAACUACGUGAAGGAGCUAUUCAACAAUUAGAAAACGCCCGAGCUCGCCUGCGUAAAGUAGAAAUGGAGGCGGAUCAGUUUCGCGUAAAUGGAUACUCUGAAAUCGAACGAGAAAAAGUAAAUUUGAUUAAUUCAACUUCUAGGACUUUGAAACAAUUAGAAAAUUACAAAAACGAAACCAUUCUUUUUGAGCAACAAAGAACAAUUAAUCAAGUCCGUGAACGGGUUUUCCAACAAGCUUUACAGGGAGCUAUAGGAACCCUAAAUAGUUGUUUGAGUAAUGAGUUACAUUUACGUACUAUUAAUGCAAAUAUUGGUAUGUUUGGUACGAUGAAAGAAAUUACUGAUUAGCUCUUUCCUUACGAUUAUGAUAGGCAUUAUUUUUUUUUUUCUUCCAAAAAAGAAUUAGGACAAUACUCAUGGUAACCAUUAAAGCCGAUGAAAUUAGUAAUAUUAUCCGUGAACGUAUUGAGCAAUAUAAUAGAGAAGUGACGAUUGUAAAUACCGGUACCGUACUUCAAGUGGGCGACGGCAUCGCUCGGAUUUAUGGUCUUGAUGAAGUAAUGGCAGGUGAAUUAGUAGAAUUUGAGGAGGGUACUAUAGGUAUUGCCCUUAAUUUAGAAUCAAAUAAUGUUGGUGUUGUAUUAAUGGGUGACGGUUUGAUGAUCCAAGAAGGAAGUUCAGUCAAAGCUACGGGAAAAAUUGCUCAGAUACCCGUGAGUGAGGCUUAUUUGGGGCGUGUUAUAAACGCCUUGGCUAACCCUAUUGAUGGUCGAGGUAAGAUUUCAGCUUCUGAAUCUCGGUUAAUUGAAUCUCCUGCCCCAGGUAUUAUUUCGAGACGUUCUGUAUAUGAGCCUCUUCAAACAGGACUUAUUGCUAUUGAUUCCAUGAUCCCUAUAGGACGCGGCCAGCGGGAAUUAAUUAUUGGUGACAGACAGACCGGUAAAACAGCAGUAGCCACAGAUACAAUUCUCAAUCAACAAGGUCAAAAUGUAAUAUGUGUUUAUGUGGCUAUUGGUCAAAAAGCUUCUUCCGUGGCUCAGGUAGUGACUAGUUUACAGGAACGAGGGGCAAUGGACUACACUAUUGUGGUAGCUGAAACGGCUGAUUCCCCAGCUACGUUACAAUACCUCGCGCCUUAUACAGGAGCCAAGCUACUCAGAAUCAAUUGGCAAGAGGUCAACGAUUGCGUGAGUUACUGAAACAAUCCCAAUCAGCCCCUCUCACAGUGGAAGAACAGAUAAUGACCAUUUAUACCGGAACAAAUGGUUAUCUGGAUGGAUUAGAAAUUGGACAAGUAAGAAAAUUUCUCGUUCAGCUACGCACUUAUUUAAAAACAAAUAAACCUGAGUUCCAAGAAAUAAUAGCCUCUACCAAGACAUUAACCGCUGAAGCAGAAAGCUUUUUGAAAGAAGGUAUUAAAGAGCAACUGGAACGUUUUCUACUUCAGGAGAAAUUAUAAAAAAUAGAAAUAUAUUUAAGUUAAGUCUAUAUAUAAUAUAUAUAAGUAUAGAACUAAUAUCUGUAUAUGUUUAAUAUAAAAUCUUAAAGCAUUCAGAAUUUAUUUCUUAUUAUAUUUAUUUUUUAUAAAUUUUCUAAACAGAAUAAAAAUAUUCUUAUAAUA